UCCCAUUGGAUCCUAAUCUUAUCAAAUCUUGUUUAUUCAGAAACCCAUACUUGUUAUUAGUCUAGCUCAAGCUUGCACUUGUACCAAUCUGUCAUCUAAAUACUAUUUGAUAUCGUAGUCUACCGUUCUUGUAAAAUUUAUCUAGUCAAUCCGAUUAUUGUUCAAAGCAAUGUUUAUUCCAACUGUCGCCUUUGCAUUCACUUUUGCUUCUUGCAUCCUUGCCAUUCCUCUCAAGCCGGUUCUUCCUGAACUUCAGUAUAUUUACCGCAGAUCGAUUGGCACAAAGCAACCGUUUUUUUUCCCUAGUGCUAGCUACGAGCAUGUCGGCUCGUCUAAACAAGGUUCUAGUUUCUCUGGUAGUUCAAGCCUGACUGGUUCUGGCAGUGCUCCAGUCAAUCUUGGAGAUUUUGCCAUCGAAUUUCUUUCCAAACUACUCAAUUUGGACAAAUCCGAGUUUAAAAUUUAUAACGAGUACACGGAUAGCUCUGGUACCACCCACAUUUAUGGUGCUCAAAUUACUGCUGAAGGUGCUCGUAUCGCCAAUCAUCAAUGGUCUGUUAAUAUUCAGAACAAUGUAGUUAUCAGCUAUAGUGCUUCAUUUGGCACAGAGAAUCACAUUGCAAAGCGUGAUCUUAAAGUUGCACCUGCUGAAUCUUAUAUUACUGUUGAAGAGGCUAUUGCCAAUGCGGUCAAACAAACUGGCGUACAGUACUAUGCUGAUGUUGCUCCAACCAACGAAUACAUUCAAACUCCUGACGGUAGCCUUCGCUAUACCUACAAGUUUGAAGUACGCGACCCUGAUCUGAAAAACUGGAUGAUGGUUUGGGUGGAUGCUCAUACUGGCCAGGUUCUUAAUGUGGUUGAUUACUCCAACAAAUUUUCCUACAAAGUUGUACAGUUACCCAAUUCCAACCCAGAGCAAGGUUUCAGCGUUGUUAAAGAUCCCGAAUUCGCUGGUUCUUCUCCCAAUGGCUGGACCGAUGGCAGUCGAACCCUUGGAAAUAACGUCGAAGUUACCGACCCAAGUGGUCGGCCAGGCGCUGGCCAAGGUGGCAUUUUUGACACCAAUUUUAAUGCACAAGUUGAUCCCCGCACCCCCGAUAACUCUCAAGCUAGUACUGUCAAUCUGUUCUAUGUUUGCAAUCUUGUACAUGACAUCACCUAUCAAUAUGGUUUCACCGAGCAAAAUGGCAACUUCCAAAAAGACAACUUUAACAAAGGUGGCCAAGGUGGUGAUGCUGUCAAGAUUAAUGCUCUCAACAACAGGGACACUGACAAUGCCAACUUUUUGACUCCUCCCGAUGGCAGAAGCGGUAUAAUGAACAUGUUCCAAUUCACUGAUACCAAUCCUCGCCGAGACUCUGGUAUGGACGCUCUCGUUACUAUCCACGAGUAUAUGCACGGUGUUUCUAACCGCCUCACUGGUGGAUCUGCUACUGGACAAUGUCUUCAAAACACCGAGUCUAGCGGAAUGGGUGAAGGAUGGAGCGACUGGCUUAGUCUUGUUAUGACAGCCAAACAAGGCGACAAAGAUGUAGACCCUGUCGCUGUUGGUACUUAUGUCACCAAUUCUCAAAGGGGUAUUCGAAGCCGUCCUUACUCCACCGAUCUUGGAGUCAAUCCCCUAAAGAACAGCGAUCUUGCGCGUCGCAAUGAGGUGCACGAUAUUGGCGAGGUUUGGGCAGCCAUGCUCUGGGAGGUCUACUGGAACUUGGUCAACAAAAAUGGAUUCAGCGCCAACUUGUUUGAUGCAAAGCAAAAGGCAGGAAACAUCAUUGCAAUUCAAGUUAUUAUAGGUGGACUAAUGAAUCAGCCUUGCAAUCCCAACUUUAUUAAUGCAAAAAAUGCGAUCCUCGAGGCUGAUCAACAGUUUUACCAAGGUGCCAACAGAUGCGAGAUUAUCAAAGGGUUUUCUAAGCGUGGUCUUGGGCCAAAUGCUCGAAGUAGAUCCGACGACUUUUCGGUUCCUGCCGACUGUGGUGGAACUGGCCAAAAUACUCCACCUCCACCUCCACCUCCAAGUACUGGUGGAAAUCCUGUACCACAAGGUGAACCACGACGUGUACCGCAGCCUGCACCGCAACCUGCACCACAACCUGCACCACAACCUGCACCACAACCUGCACCACAACCUGUACCACAACCUGUACCGCAAGGUGAACCACGACGUGCACCACAAGGUGAACCACAACGUGGACCACGACGUGUGCCGCAGCCGCAGCCUGGACCACAACGUGGACCACAACCUGGACCGCAACGUGGACCAAGACGUACACCCGGUCAAUUCCCAGGUCAAUUUCCCAGUCCAUUCCCAGGUCCAUUCCCAGGACCGAGACGUAGACCCAGUCCAUUCCCAGGUCAAUUCCCAGGCCAAUUCCCAGGACCAAGACGUGGACCUGGCCAAUUCCCUGGGUUUCCAAGAAGAAACGGUAGAUUCUCGUCUCCCAGUCUCGAUAACCCAAACUUCCCACAGGGCCAGAGAGCUAGCCUCGAAGCUCUUUUUAGAGAUUUGGAAAAACUCGGUUUCUAAAGCUUCCAGUUUCAUUUAUAAGCUGACUUGAUCAACCAAUCUCUGUUUUAUCCAACUGUUUGAAAUGAAUGUCAUUGUUUAAAGC